GUUUCUUAUCAUUUCUAUCAGUUUUUGAUGCCACAUCACAGCAAAACGAGGUGUUUUUAAGAGAGGCAGUUCACAAAGAAAUAUGGUGGUCUUUUUUCAAGCUUAAAAUAAAAAAAACAGAGAGAGCAGCUGGUGUGUGUCUUCUUCGUGGUUCUAGAGAGAGAAAGUUCCAGAUCAGUUUUUUAGAGAGAGAAAUUCCAAAGUUCUUUGUAUGGGUUUUUCUACACCUUGUUUUUCUAUGUGAAAGAGAGUGGUUUCUUUGUGAAACACAAGAGUGAGGGUGUAAUUGGGACUUUGGGAUUGGUUUCGGGUUUCUUGUGUGAAAUCACCAUUGUUGAUCUGGUUUUGAGCUUGUAAACACAGAUUUUCUUAUAGUGCAGAAGCUUCACACUGGAGCAAGAGGACGUAGGUCAAUUUCGACCGAGCCUCAAUAAAAUUUCUGUGUUGAUUUGUAGUUUAGAUUCUUGGAUUUUAUUCUUAGAAUACAUAACAAAAUAUCUUGAUUUGUCGCACAAGAAGUUAAAUGGAACCAUUCCAAAUAAGAUAUGUACCCUCUCUGUAGAAAGUACUUUGGACCUUAGUUACAAUUCCGUUGGUGGUGAAAUACCUUCUCAACUCCAAAAAUUGAAGAACUUCACCUUCUUAUCCCUAGCCUACAUCAAUCUCAGUGGAAGUAUUCCCUCUGCCCUUCGACCUUUCUAUCAAAUCGACUUGUCUGACAAUCGUUUAAAAGGUCCAAUCCCAGAUGAGCUAGCCAGUCCAGUGGGUGCAUUUGUCGGCAAUCAAGAUUUAUGUAGUAAUGUCACAGGUAUCCAUCCUUGCUUUCAAAAUAGCCCACCUGGGAAAAACCACAGAAACAAAAAAUUCUCUUACAUAAACAGAGCCAUCGUUCCCAUCUCGGUUUUCCUUGACUUGUUAUUCGUAAUGCUUGGAGCUCUGUUCUAUGCCCGUCGAAUUAAAAACAAUAAAGGUCAACCAGUUUCUGAGACGAGAGUAAAGAAUGGAGAUAUCUUUUUCAAUUGGAAUUAUGAUGGAAAAAUUGCAUAUCAUGACAUCAUAGAAGCAACAGAGGACUUUGAUAUUGGAUAUUGCAUUGGGACGGGUGGUUAUGGAAGUGUCUACAGAGCACAACUACGUGGUGGAAAAGUAGUUACCUUGAAGAAGUUGCAUGGUUCAGAAGUUGAACAGCCAAAUUUGAGGAAGAGUUUCAUGAACAAGGUCAAAACAUUGACGGAAGUACGCCAUCGGAAUAUUGUGAGACUCCAUGGUUUUUGUUUGCACAAAAGAUGCAUGUUUUUGAUUUAUGAAUGCAUGGAAAGAGGAAGCUUGUUUUUUGUCCUGAACAACGAUGCAGAGGCUGUGGAAUUGGACUGGAGCAAAAGAGUGAAUAUUAUAAAAGGCGUAGUGCAUGCCUUAUGUUACAUGCAUCAUGAUUGCACUCCACCAAUUGUUCAUCGUGAUGUAACCAGCAACAACAUUUUACUCAACUCAGAAUUGGAGGCUGUCGUUUCUGAUUUUCGCACAGCUAAACUCCUUGAUCCAGAUUCAUCAAACCAAACCACAAUUGCCGGCACAUAUGGAUAUAUUGCUCCAGAGCUUGCCUAUACAUUGUUUGUGACUGAAAAAUGCCAUGUUUAUAGUUUUGGAGUGGUGGCACUUGAAUCGGUUAUGGGAAAGCAUCCAAAAGAACUGUUGUCAUCAUUAGCAUCCUCUUCCACGCAAAGUCUACUGCUUAUUGAAAUACUAGACCAACGCCUGCCACCCCCAAGAAGUCGGUCCAUUAUUCAAGAUGUUGUGCUUGUUUCAACAGUUGCAUUUGCAUGUAUACAGGCUAAUCCAAAGUGUCGACCAACAAUGCCAAGUGUGUCUAAAGAGUUUCUUGCUUGCAGGACACCGUUUGCCAAGUGCUUUCAUGAUAUCUCAGUUGGGCAGCAGCUCAUGAACCCACAAGUCUAUCUAGAUGACCAAAUUAAUGGGGUUGUCUACAAUUAAUUCGGUUGAAUGAUGAUUUUUUCUCGUUACAAGGAUGUAUCUCCAUUAGACAGAAUUGGUCUUCUUUUUAAAGAGGAACUGGGCCCAUUUAAUGACCCUGUAACUCACAGCCCCAAUAUCCAUAUGAAACAUACAAUUGGGCAUCUCUUUUUCUUUUUUUUUUUAUAUUUUUAUGGAA